AUGGGCUGGUGGUGGUCGUCCAAUCAUGCUCCAGCUGAGCCGCGAGAUCAUGUCCCGGGUCAUUCUCCUUCAACAGUGCACGAUGAGAAGCCGUCAAUCCCUCCGGCCACUGCUCCAGUCGCAGAGCCAGUUAAACAGACCCUGUCGCGAGAAGAACAAAGCAACCAGGAAUGGAUGGAGCUUCUAAGACAAUUGCAGGCAGAAAUGGAUGGCGAGCAGAAACAAGAUCAGAACAACCAAGAGAUAGGGACAUCGACAUCGACACAGUCUGUGCCAGUGCCCGGCGACAUAUCUCCUGAUUCCUUGUACCCAACGGAACUAUCGUGUCGCUCUGCCCUGGACUAUGCGAUGUUUUGCCAGAGCUUCGGCGGCCAGUUUGUCAACAUAUACCGCUAUGGCACGUUCAGAUCCUGCUCAAAUCACUGGGACGACUUUUGGCUUUGUAUGAGAACAAGAAACUGGGACAAAAAGGACCGAGAAAAGGCCAUCCAAGAACACUACCGGAAGAAGGCCGUGAAGUGGAAGACUGGUCCUAGUAGUGAGGAUGUAUGGGAAGUUCGAAAGGAGCCGGUGAAAGAUGCAUUCCAAGGUAAUCUUGAAGAACUGGAAGCACGAAUCGCAGAAUGGCAGAAGGCAAAUCCAGGGACACCAGAUCCUUGGAGACAAGACAAGGCGCCGACUUUCAAUACCACAAAUGUCACUCCUUGA